GUUUAUAUUUCCAUAAUUUUUUUUUUCUUCUUCUCUCUACAUCUCUCUCUUUUUUUUUUCUUUUUUUUUUUUAUAAAUUACUUUUUAUUUAUUUCAAUGCAAACAAUAAAGUGUGUUGUUGUAGGAGAUGGUGCUGUUGGUAAAACUUGUUUGUUAAUCUCUUAUACGACCAACAAAUUCCCUUCCGAAUAUGUGCCCACUGUCUUUGAUAACUAUGCUGUAACUGUAAUGAUUGGAGAAGAGCCAUAUACUUUAGGACUAUUUGAUACUGCUGGUCAAGAAGAUUAUGACCGUCUUCGUCCUCUUUCUUACCCUCAAACGGAUGUCUUUUUAGUGUGUUUCUCGGUAACAUCCCCGGCAUCAUUUGAAAACGUUAAAGAAAAGUGGUUCCCAGAAGUUCAUCAUCAUUGUCCUGGUGUACCUUGUUUAAUUGUAGGAACACAAAUUGAUUUACGUGAUGAUCCUGCUGUAAUUGAAAAAUUAGCAAGACAAAAGCAAAGACCUAUUAAUUUCGAUGCAGGUGAGAAAUUAGCAAGAGAACUUGGCGCUGUCAAAUAUGUUGAAUGUUCUGCAUUAACCCAGAAGGGCUUAAAAAAUGUAUUUGAUGAAGCCAUCGUUGCUGCAUUAGAACCUCCAGUCAAGAAGAAGUCCAAGAAGUGCCUUAUUUUGUAAUACCCUUUUUUUUUUCUUUUAUUUUUUUACAUUGUGUUUCUUUUUAAAAGAGAAGAAGAGGUAUGCCUUUCUCUCUUUCUCUCUCUUUCUCUCUCUUUCUCCCUCUUUCUCUCUCUUUCCUCUCUCCUCUUCCCUUUCUCACCCUUAUCUCAUUAAAAAAAAACUCAAUUUCCAAAAAAAAAU